CCCAUCCAGCUGGCUUGGAGCCCCUCCCCAUGCUCUAGUGUCUCCCUUCAUCACCCCAGAAAACAUUCAAAACAGCUCGGCGCCUCGGUGUUUCUGACUGUGAAAUGGGAAUAGUGCUCCCUGUUUCCCACCAGCGCGACGCAGGAAAAGGGUCAUGAGGCCCAAAAGGUAGCUUCUAGAGCAGUGUGCAGCCACUAUUAUCGUCAUCUUCGUUGUACAUGUGAGGAAACAGACUCAGAGAGGCCCCGUGGCUUUCGCAAGAGUCACACAGCGCCCAAGCUGCGGAGCCGGAACGCGAACCCCGGAUCUCCGUCACGGGGUACAUCCCAGUGCCCCCAAAUUCUGCAGUCUCCUAGCCUCAGGACAACCUGCUGCCUGGUCCCGACCCGAGUGGCCUCGCCCCCAUCCGGCCCCUCCCUUCUCUCCCAUAUUUAGCAGGAAUCCGAUCCGGGGCUGGGCCGGGUGCUACUUAACGCGGCCCGCGUGUUCUGGAGCGCGCCGAACGGAGCGGAGCCAGGAGCCCGAGCGAGAUGAUGAUGGUUAUGCAGCCCGAGGGUCUGGGGACCGGGGAGGGGCCCUUCGCGGGCGGCGGCGGCAGGGGCGGCGAGUACAUGGAACAGGAGGAGGACUGGGACCGCGACCUGCUGCUGGACCCGGCCUGGGAGAAGCAGCAGCGGAAAACCUUCACUGCCUGGUGCAACUCGCACCUGCGCAAGGCUGGCACCCAGAUCGAGAACAUCGAGGAGGAUUUCCGCAAUGGCCUCAAACUCAUGUUGCUCCUGGAGGUCAUUUCAGGAGAGAGGCUGCCCAGGCCAGACAAAGGCAAGAUGCGCUUCCACAAGAUCGCCAAUGUCAACAAGGCCCUGGACUUCAUUGCCAGCAAGGGGGUGAAGCUGGUGUCCAUCGGUGCCGAAGAGAUUGUCGACGGGAACCUGAAGAUGACCCUGGGCAUGAUCUGGACCAUCAUCCUUCGCUUCGCCAUCCAGGACAUCUCCGUGGAAGAAACCUCGGCCAAGGAGGGCUUGCUCCUGUGGUGUCAGCGGAAGACAGCGCCAUACCGCAACGUCAAUGUGCAGAACUUCCACACCAGCUGGAAGGAUGGCCUGGCCCUCUGUGCUCUCAUCCACCGGCACCGCCCCGACCUCAUUGACUACGCCAAACUGCGCAAGGAUGACCCCAUCGGCAACCUGAACACUGCCUUCGAGGUGGCAGAGAAGUACCUGGACAUCCCCAAGAUGUUGGAUGCAGAAGACAUCGUGAACACCCCAAAGCCCGAUGAGAAGGCCGUCAUGACCUACGUUUCCUGCUUCUACCACGCCUUCGCGGGGGCGGAGCAGGCAGAGACAGCCGCCAACAGGAUCUGCAAGGUGCUGGCCGUGAACCAGGAGAACGAGAAGCUGAUGGAGGAGUACGAGAAGCUGGCCAGUGAGCUGCUGGAAUGGAUCCGCCGCACCGUGCCGUGGCUGGAGAACCGCACGGGCGAGCCCAGCAAGAACACCAUGCAGCGCAAGCUGGAGGACUUCCGGGACUACCGGCGCCUGCACAAGCCGCCCCGCGUGCAGGAGAAGUGCCAGCUGGAGAUCAACUUCAACACAUUGCAAACCAAGCUGCGGCUGAGCCACCGGCCCGCCUUCAUGCCAUCUGAGGGCAAGCUGGUCUCGGACAUAGCCAACGCAUGGCGGGGGCUGGAGCAAGCGGAGAAGGGCUAUGAGGACUGGCUGCUCUCGGAGAUCCGGCGCCUGGAGCGGCUGCAGCACCUGGCAGAGAAGUUCCAGCAGAAGGCCUCCCUGCACGAAGCCUGGACCCGGGGGAAGGAGGAGAUGCUGAGCCAGCGGGACUAUGAGUCGGCUUCGCUGCAGGAGGUGCGGGCGCUGCUGCGGCGCCACGAGGCCUUUGAGAGCGACCUGGCGGCGCACCAGGACCGCGUGGAGCACGUCGCUGCGCUGGCCCAGGAGCUCAAUGAGCUAGACUACCAUGAGGCGGCCUCGGUGAACAGCCGCUGCCAGGCCAUCUGCGACCAGUGGGACAACCUGGGCACGUUGACCCAGAAGAGGCGGGAUGCGCUAGAGCGGAUGGAGAAGCUCCUAGAGACCAUCGACCAGCUGCAGCUGGAGUUUGCCAGGCGGGUAGCGCCCUUCAACAACUGGCUGGAUGGCGCUGUGGAGGACUUGCAGGACGUGUGGCUGGUGCACUCGGUGGAGGAGACCCAGAGCCUGGUGACAGCACACGAGCAGUUCAAGGCGACAUUGCCCGAGGCCGACCGAGAGAGGGGUGCCAUCCUGGGCAUCCAGGGUGAGAUCCAGAAGAUCUGCCAAACAUAUGGGCUGCGGCCCAGCUCUGCCAACCCCUACAUCGCCCUCAGCCCGCAGGACAUCAACACCAAGUGGGACACGGUCCGAAAGCUGGUACCCAGCCGUGACCAGACGCUGCAGGAGGAGCUGACAAGGCAACAGGUGAACGAGAGGCUCCGGCGGCAGUUUGCAGCCCAGGCCAAUGCUGUCGGGCCCUGGAUCCAGGGGAAGGUGGAGGAAGUGGGGCGCCUGGCAGCGGGAAUGGCCGGCUCUCUGGAGGAGCAGAUGGCGGGGCUGCGGCAGCAGGAGCAGAACAUCGUCAACUACAAGAGCAACAUCGACCAGCUGGAGGGUGACCACCAGCUGCUGCAGGAGAACCUGGUGUUCGACAAUAAGCACACCGUCUACAGCAUGGAGCACAUCCGUGUGGGCUGGGAGCAGCUGCUCACCUCCAUUGCCCGCACCAUCAACGAGGUGGAGAACCAGAUACUGACCCGAGAUGCCAAGGGCCUGAGCCAGGAGCAGCUCAACGAGUUCCGGGCAUCCUUCAACCACUUUGACCGGAAGCGGAAUGGCAUGAUGGAGCCCGACGACUUCCGGGCCUGCCUCAUCUCCAUGGGCUACGACCUGGGGGAAGUGGAGUUUGCUCGAAUCAUGACCAUGGUGGACCCCAACGCGGCCGGGGUCGUGACCUUCCAGGCCUUCAUCGACUUCAUGACCCGAGAGACAGCCGAGACCGACACGGCUGAGCAGGUUGUGGCCUCGUUCAAGAUUCUGGCGGGAGACAAGAACUACAUCACACCUGAGGAACUGCGGCAGGAACUCCCAGCUGAGCAGGCCGAGUACUGCAUCCGCCGCAUGGCGCCCUACAAGGGGGCCGGGGCUCCAGCCGGAGCCCUGGACUAUGUGGCCUUCUCCAGCGCCCUCUACGGGGAGAGUGACCUCUGACCUCGACCCCUGAGGUUCUCUAUGC